CGCAGCGGCGUCGCCGCAGCGCCACAGCGCCGCAGCGAUGGCCUCGCCCGAGAGCGGCGGCGCGACGCCGGGGCGCGCACGGCCUGCGACGCCGCCCACAGGCACUGCUGGCGCCGUCUCCUCGUCCCUCAGCAGCGCCCGCACUCCCACACGCAGCGGCAGCAUCCCCGAGGUCGUCAUCUACGUCUCGCCCAGCAAGUCGUCGCGCCGUCCUCUCCCGCUGGGGCGCGCCUCGAGCAGCAGCCAAGGCAGCACUAGCCGCAGCGGCAGCGCACAUGUGCCGCUCCCCGCCUCGACGCCCAUGUCCAGCGGCCUCUCGUCGCCGCCGCCCGAGAGCUCGGCGCAGUCGUCUGUUGCGGUCCUGCCGUCGCUGAAGCGCAGCCGCGCCGCCGACGCCUCGCCGGCGCCCGCUCGCCUCUCGGCCGGCGACUUGGCGGCGCGCUUCCGAGCCCAGGCGCAGGAGCGCGAGCUGGCAAAGAAGAAGCAGAAUGGCGCCGCCACCAGGCCCACGCCCGGACGUGCACGACGCACAGCGGCAGCAGCGGCUGCGGCACUGGCGUCAGACUCGGACGAGGAGCUGCCGGAUCUCGACGUGAGCAUGCUACAGGCUCCCUCCUCCUCUGCCGCCGCCGCAGCCCUGGCAGCUCGGCAGCUCGAGCUCGAGCGGCGCUCGCACUCGCCCAGCGCCAGUCCCGACUACAGCUUCGGCGUGCGCGCCAAGCGCAGCACGGCCAAGGCCGACGCAUACAGCUUCAAGCUGGCCCUCGUGCGGCCCUCGCAGCGCCGCAUCGACAAUGCGCGCAUCAAGGAGAGCGCCGCCGUGCAGGCCGGCCUGGUGGAGGCACGCACACUCAAGACGAAGCCGGUCGACGAGGAUGCGGUGGAGAUGCGUCGCAUGCUGACGCAGAAGAAACGUCUGCGUGAGCGCGGCAUAGGCGAUGCGUCUGAGCUCGACGAACUGCUGCGUCAGACGCGCGCCGAGUUUGCGCGUGCGGAUGGAGAGAGCGAUGCAGACAGCCACGCCAGCGCGCCGAGCCGUCCGCCGAGCAGCGACAGCGAGGAGGAACGCAUGGAGCGCGCUUUACUGGCCGCGCAGAGCGAAGAUGAGGAGAUGCAGGAGGACGCCCUCGGGGGCGCUGGCAGGGCACAGGCGCAUGCGGCGAUGGCCAUUAUCAAGAAGAGCAAGAGCAGGCCGCGAGAGCAGACGGAAACAACCCAGUUCCGCUUCUGGACGUCUGAGGCAGCUGCAAUCGCGCCGCCGGCGUGCCCGGCCCUGGACGCGAACAAUGCGCUCGAUGCCCGACUUGUCGCUGCUUCGAGGCUGCCCACAUUUGAUCGCCUGGCUGCCAUCCUUCGCAGCGGUAUCCUGCGUCAGCGCGGCCUCUUUCAUCAGGUGUCCGACUCGCCAGAGUCCUCGCGCCGCGGCUCGGACAGCUCACAGAUGCUGGCCGACGAGGAGCGUUCGCCCGUCGUGCUCGCCACGUGGCUCUUCCAGCUGGCCGUGCACAGCGCCGACGCCACGCUGGCGGCCUCAGCAUGCUCCGCGCUGCGCGACGUACUCGCUGCGGACGCGGAGCUGCUCGCCGGAGACGUGCCGUCGCCGUCGCCCGAGACGCAGACCAGCCUCGCUGUCCUUGCACUCCUCGCCUCGUUGCCUGCUUCUUUCACGGCUCUAGGCGCCUCGCGCGACGUGCUCGCGUUGUGCCUCGAGUGCUCGCCGAGCGACAUCAAGGAUGCGGCAGCGUCAGAUGGUGUAAAGCGCGGCGCGGAUCGGGCACAGGCCGUCAUGCAGCUGCUCGACGUGCUCGAGCUGAUCAAUGAACUGCCGACGUCUGUAUUGCUUGAUCCCGAGGUGACUACAGCACGCCACGACGCGGCACUAGCGCUGCUCUGCAUGCAAGCCGAUGCCGAGCCACACGCCCUCUCUCUGCGUCUGCCGCAGAUCCUUCCCGUCCUACUCAAGCCUCGAGCACUGCGCACAGGCGAGCGUGCACUGGCAGGCGAGGCGGCGAUUUGUGCCAAGGUGCAGCAGGUGCUCGCCGUUUCGGACGUGCAGACUUGCCUGCGCAUCGUGCGUGCCCUGCCGGACAUCAAGCCGCGCGCCCGCAUCGUUCGCGCAUGGUGUGCGUGGAAGUGCCUGCUGCGCGACGCCGAAGCGGCCGAGCCGCUCUCUUCGCCCGUGCUGCCGCUCGAGUCGAUGUUGAACCUCGGCCGCGCCUCGCCGCUGCUCGUGCACGCCGCACAGGGCGCGAGCGCAGACGGCGACGCAGACGAGGACGACUAUGCGGCGCUGCGGGAGCGCGUCUGUCUCCUCGAGCUGGCGCUCGCCGAUCUGCCGCUGCAGCUGUGCCUGUGGGAGGAGGUGCAAGACGACGACGAGGAGCGUACAUCUGCGCGUCCAGCGUUCGAGGCUGCGCUCGAGCCUUUCAAGGAGGCCCUCGCAUCCGCAGACGGCGUCCUGCGACCCUCUAGCUCACGCGUCGAGCUUAUCGAACAGCUCGUGACGGCGCUGCGCGAGGCGAACGCCGGCAUCGUCGAUGGUCGAGGUGCCUUUCUGGCUCGCAGCCAGACGAAGGACGCCAUGCAGCGCCUCGAGCUCAGCCUGCGCUAUCGCCUCAACGCCCUCGUCGGCCAGGAGGUCGAUGCGCGGCGCUCGCAGCAGGCGCGCCUGAGCGACAUGUGGGCGGCUGCGGCUGCGGCCUGAGGCGAGUCACGACCUAAUGAUAUACCCCUGCGACAC